GCGGCGGCCGCGGUGGCAGCAACAUGGCUGUGGAUGGGUGUUCGGGGUGGCGCUGGCGGCGGGAGGAGCUCCCCCGAGCCCCUGCGCCGGCCGCCCGCUGCUAGCUAUGGCAAAUGGUGGCGACGGCGGCGGUGGCGACAGUAGUAGCAGCGGCGGCGACGGCGGCGGAGGCAGCAGUCUUAGAAUGAGCAGCAAUAUCCACGCGAACCAUCUCAGCCUAGACGCGUCCUCCUCUUCCUCUUCCUCCUCUUCCUCCUCGUCCUCGGUCCACGAGCCCAAGAUGGAUGCGCUCAUCAUCCCGGUGACCAUGGAGGUGCCGUGCGACAGCCGGGGCCAACGCAUGUGGUGGGCUUUCCUGGCCUCCUCCAUGGUGACUUUCUUCGGGGGCCUCUUCAUCAUCUUGCUCUGGCGGACGCUCAAGUACCUGUGGACCGUUUGCUGUCACUGCGGGGGCAAGACGAAGGAGGCCCAGAAGAUUAACAAUGGCUCGAGCCAGGCAGAUGGCACUCUCAAGCCAGUGGACGAGAAGGAGGAGGCGGUGGCAGCCGAGGUCGGCUGGAUGACCUCCGUGAAGGACUGGGCAGGUGUGAUGAUAUCUGCCCAGACGCUGACUGGCAGAGUCCUGGUUGUCUUAGUCUUUGCUCUCAGCAUUGGUGCACUUGUAAUAUACUUCAUAGAUUCGUCAAACCCAAUAGAAUCCUGCCAGAAUUUCUACAAAGAUUUCACAUUACAGAUCGACAUGGCUUUCAACGUGUUCUUCCUUCUCUACUUUGGCCUGCGGUUCAUUGCAGCCAAUGAUAAGCUGUGGUUCUGGCUGGAAGUGAACUCUGUAGUAGAUUUCUUCACGGUCCCUCCCGUGUUUGUGUCUGUAUACUUAAACAGAAGUUGGCUUGGUUUGAGAUUUUUAAGAGCUCUCAGGCUGAUACAGUUUUCAGAAAUUUUGCAGUUUCUGAAUAUCCUUAAAACAAGCAAUUCCAUCAAGCUGGUGAAUCUGCUCUCCAUAUUCAUCAGCACGUGGCUGACUGCAGCCGGCUUCAUUCAUUUGGUGGAGAAUUCAGGGGACCCAUGGGAAAAUUUCCAAAACAACCAGGCCCUUACCUACUGGGAAUGUGUCUACUUACUCAUGGUCACAAUGUCCACUGUCGGUUAUGGGGAUGUUUAUGCAAAAACCACACUUGGACGCCUCUUCAUGGUCUUCUUCAUCCUCGGGGGACUGGCCAUGUUUGCCAGCUACGUCCCUGAAAUCAUAGAGUUAAUAGGAAACCGCAAGAAAUACGGGGGCUCCUAUAGUGCGGUUAGUGGAAGAAAGCAUAUUGUGGUCUGUGGGCACAUCACUCUGGAGAGUGUUUCCAACUUCCUGAAGGACUUUCUGCACAAGGACCGGGAUGACGUCAAUGUGGAGAUCGUCUUUCUUCACAACAUUUCCCCUAACCUGGAGCUCGAAGCUCUAUUCAAACGGCAUUUUACUCAGGUGGAAUUUUAUCAGGGUUCAGUCCUCAAUCCACAUGAUCUCGCACGAGUCAAGAUAGAGUCAGCAGAUGCGUGCCUAAUUCUUGCCAACAAGUACUGUGCUGACCCGGAUGCUGAAGAUGCCUCCAACAUCAUGAGAGUAAUCUCCAUAAAGAACUACCAUCCGAAGAUCAGGAUCAUCACUCAGAUGCUGCAGUAUCACAACAAGUUAGAGAUCUUCUCAUUUCAAAUUUAUAUGAUAGAGGGAUUAGGACAAAAGAUGUAUUUAAAAUACGAUGUUUCAAGGGGAGUAGGGGCUUCUUUCCAUCUCAUUUGCAGGCUGUGUUUUGUGAAGCUCAAGCUCCUAAUGAUAGCCAUUGAGUACAAGUCCGCCAACCGAGAGAGCCGUAUAUUAAUUAAUCCUGGAAACCAUCUUAAGAUCCAAGAAGGUACUUUAGGAUUUUUCAUCGCAAGUGAUGCCAAAGAAGUUAAAAGGGCAUUUUUUUACUGCAAGGCCUGUCAUGAUGACAUCACAGAUCCCAAAAGAAUUAAAAAAUGCGGCUGCAAACGGCCCAAGAUGUCCAUCUACAAGAGAAUGAGACGGGCAUGUUGUUUUGAUUGCGGACGUUCUGAGCGUGACUGCUCGUGCAUGUCAGGCCGUGUGCGUGGUAACGUGGACACCCUUGAGAGAGCCUUCCCACUUUCUUCUGUCUCUGUUAAUGAUUGCUCCACCAGUUUCCCUGCCUUUGAAGAUGAGCAGCCGUCAACGCUAUCACCAAAAAAAAAGCAACGCAACGGGGGCAUGAGGAACUCGCCCAACUCCUCGCCGAAGCUGAUGAGGCAUGACCCCUUGUUAAUUCCUGGGAAUGAUCAGAUUGACAACAUGGACUCCAAUGUGAAGAAGUAUGACUCCACUGGGAUGUUUCAUUGGUGCGCUCCCAAGGAGAUUGAGAAAGUCAUUCUGACUCGAAGUGAGGCUGCCAUGACCGUGCUGAGUGGUCAUGUUGUGGUCUGCAUCUUUGGUGACGUCAGCUCAGCCCUGAUUGGCCUCCGGAACCUGGUGAUGCCACUCCGUGCCAGCAACUUCCAUUACCAUGAGCUCAAGCACAUUGUGUUCGUGGGCUCCAUUGAGUACCUCAAGAGGGAAUGGGAAACACUCCAUAACUUCCCUAAAGUGUCCAUAUUGCCUGGUACGCCAUUAAGUCGAGCUGAUUUAAGGGCUGUCAACAUCAACCUCUGUGACAUGUGCGUUAUCCUGUCAGCCAAUCAGAAUAAUAUUGAUGAUACUUCGCUGCAGGACAAGGAAUGCAUCUUGGCGUCACUCAACAUCAAAUCUAUGCAGUUUGAUGACAGCAUCGGGGUCUUGCAGGCUAAUUCCCAAGGAUUCACGCCUCCAGGAAUGGACAGAUCCUCUCCAGAUAACAGCCCAGUGCAUGGGAUGUUACGCCAGCCAUCCAUCACUACUGGGGUGAACAUCCCCAUCAUCACUGAACUAGUGAAUGAUACUAAUGUUCAGUUUUUGGACCAAGAUGAUGAUGAUGACCCCGACACAGAACUGUACCUCACACAGCCCUUUGCAUGUGGGACAGCAUUUGCCGUCAGCGUCCUGGACUCACUUAUGAGUGCGACAUACUUUAAUGACAAUAUCCUCACCCUAAUACGGACCUUGGUGACUGGAGGAGCCACCCCGGAGCUCGAGGCUCUGAUUGCUGAGGAGAAUGCGCUUCGAGGAGGCUACAGCACCCCACAGACCCUGGCCAACAGGGACCGCUGCCGCGUGGCCCAGUUAGCUCUGCUGGAUGGGCCCUUUGCAGACUUGGGGGAUGGUGGUUGUUAUGGUGAUCUAUUCUGCAAAGCUCUAAAAACGUAUAAUAUGCUUUGUUUUGGAAUUUACCGGCUAAGAGAUGCCCACCUCAGCACCCCCAGCCAAUGCACGAAGAGGUAUGUCAUCACCAACCCCCCCUACGAAUUUGAGCUUGUGCCGACGGACCUGAUCUUCUGCUUAAUGCAGUUUGACCACAACGCCGGCCAGUCCCGGGCCAGCCUGUCCCAUUCCUCCCACUCGUCACAGUCCUCCAGCAAGAAGAGCUCCUCCGUUCACUCCAUCCCAUCCACAGCAAACCGGCAGAACCGGCCCAAGUCCAGGGAGUCCCGGGACAAACAGAACAGAAAAGAAAUGGUUUACAGAUGAACCGGAUAAUGCCUAUCCCAGAAACAUUCAAAUCAAGCCCAUGAGUACCCACAUGGCUAACCAGAUCAACCAAUAUAAAUCCACAAGCAGCUUGAUUCCUCCAAUCAGAGAAGUUGAAGAUGAAUGUUGACUCCCAGGAGACCAGAACUAUUUUUUUAAAGCCUGACAAACUUCAUAAAUGGUGACGUGACUUUUCUUCCUCUUACAUGCUGAAUCACUGGUGGAAACAUUAGGAUAAGCAAGAAUUGCAAGAAAAUAAUGUAGACAGAUCUUUCUCUUUGUCUGCCUUGAAUAUUGCUUCCAUGUAUUUUGGAAAAGAAAAUGAUUUCAUUUAUAAAUGAACAUAUUAAAAUAGUCAUGUAUAGCCUCUAGCAUUUUAAAUUAUUUUGUUUAUUAGAAAAGAAGAUAUAUUUUUCUUUUUUUUUCCAUUGUCAAAUAUCUUCCCUAUACCUAAACAAUGCAAAAUCAAAAAUGAAUAAGUGGCCAGACUCCUUCAUGCACAUUUCUCUUCUUUUUUUCCUUUGAGGAGAAUGAUGGUCACCACCACAGUUAAUUGUAAUUAAAGGAAAUGGAUGAUCAAAACAAUUUUAAAAUGGUGAACAAUGUAUACAUGUAUUUUAGUAAAUCCAAAAAAGAAAACAAAAGAGGACAGGCGAACACCUGAUCCUCUCUGGGAAGGGUGUGUGUUUUGAUCUGCGUUGACACCAGCUCUUAAUAAAUGGAAACUUACUUAUUUUCACAGUUGAAAGUCAAAUUUUUGUAGUUUUAGUUUUCAUUCUGUAUUUCUCACCUCUUUUUCAGAUAUUGAAAGGGAAGACCUUCUAGCAGCUUUUCUAUGACAGCCAGAUCAGAUUUAGGCAGCCAACUAGCAGUACCAGAAGGGUUGUGGGCACCCCUGGGGUGUUGGAGUUGAGGACCAGGGCUCACAAGACGCGUUUGUUUUUCUAACGGUGGGGACUCCUCCAUGCUGUUAUGCUUCUCAUUUCAUAGUUCCAAACCACCCAAACAAUUAAUUUCAACUUUGGGAGGAUCUUGUGAACUUUCUCCCCCCGCCCCCGACCCCAAGUCUCAGAGCUUUUAGCCUGAAAGAAUAUAAACACCAAUGAAUAGUUUUCCUUAACGAUGGGAUCUGAGAUGCACGCAUUUAUCCCCCCAAAUUUUUGUUUAAAAUCCAGAAAUUUUCCAUAAUCAAGGAAGCGACUUUGGCAGAGAUUUUAAUUUGCUCACUUUCCUUGAUUUAAUAAUUGCUGGGACAAAACACACUAACUUGCUUCAACAAUUUAAAACAGUAACAAAAAGGAAAACAACAAAUGCACUCAAUAUAGACUGUUAGUAAAAGGCCUUUGAAAAUUACCAGCAAUGAAAAAAAUGUAUGAGCCACAUCAAGCUGUGCUCAAAAGGUUUUUCUAGCCAUCAGACACCAUCAGCACAUCCAAGCUCCGCUUUUGCUUGCAUGUUGUGUGUACACAGUCACCUCAACAGCUGUUCUGUCCCAAUGAUUAGCAAGUCUUUCAAUGUCAAAAUGAUCAAUUUUUAAAUAUGAUCACCAGGGUCUCUGGAGAAGCAUGGAUGUGAUAGUGAUUUUUAUUUUCUUAAAAAUUGUAAACUGUGGAUACUUAACCAAACUAACCAAAAUAUCCCCCCAAAGUCCCGUGAUAUCUGCUCCAUUAACUCUAGGCCAUGACCCUGUGGUGCCUAGUUAUGAUAGUGCAAAUCAGAUCAGAUCAGAGCAAUGAGAUCAACAUGAAAACAUAUUUCCACUAAGUACUCCAAUUUCUGAUGUAGGCAAAAUGACCUUCCACCUCUGUCCACUCCCUGCAGAGCCAAUGUAGUCAUGCUUCCACCUCCUUGGCAUUGUCCUGCAGUGAUGUGUUGGACUGUGAUUACUCUGUUGUCAUAUUUUGUAGAAUUAGUUCUAUAAAACUAUUGUGAAUAUAAUGUAUGUCCAAUUGGAUUGUUAAAAAAAAACUGCUUAUAAUCAAUCACUAGUCUACUCAGCAGACUACAAUGACAUCAAUAGUCUAUAUUCAGGCUGAUAAACAUUUCUUGGUUUCCAACAGAAGUCAAACAUGUUGGUGGGGAAAAAAAUUCUCCAACUAGGAUACUGACAGCUUUCUUGAGAGCUAGGCCUUCUUUUACAUAAUGAUUUUGCAUUGGGGUCACCAUAGCACAUUCACACCGAUCCACGCUCUUUUUUCCUUCAUGAACUGGAGUGGGCUCUUCUCCACUCUUACUCCUGCUAACCACUUCUGAACCUGUCAUGGACCUUUGAUAUCCCCUGGGCAGUGGUGAACACCUGAAGAAUCUUCCAUUAAAGGAACAUAGGGUGGUACAUUGCCUCUUUUCUUCCUUCCCCUUAUCCCUCCAUACUAAGGCAGUCUGGAAGCAGAAGUUAGACCCUGUCCCCAUUUCAAGUCUGCAUAUGACUAAAGUUCUGAACCUAAACUGAAAGAAAAACCAUAAUGGAUAAAAUAGUAUCUACAGGAAAGGGGUCUUUUGUUCAUCAGUUAUCCUUCAAGACCCAAGUUGAGAGAAAUCCAUUCUCUUCCAAGGCAGAGCAAUAAGUUCAUGCUGUUUUGCUUUUGUAGUCAUGAAUUAUUCUGGGCCAGAAAAGAGAAUCAGGCAUUUUUAAAAGGAGGUACACUAAAUGACUAGGUGGUGGUCCCUUCCACAAAAACUAAUGCCUGGUAAGUUGAAAGAGAAGUGGGAACAGAAAUAAGAUUGGCAGGAACUCCAGAGGGAGCAAGGGAAUUCCAGAGCUUCCUGAUUUGUAUCUGUGUGGCCCUGAAUCCUCAUCCAUCUCUGUUAUGAAAGACUGUCUUUCCACUUACAUUCACUCUAGAUCAGUGAUGGUCUUCUUUGGUGAUACUCCGUGUCAGAAGGCUCUGAUCUCCCAUUCCAUUCUAGGGUUCCAGAAAAGCCAUUCUCUCAAACAAUGAUUCUUGGGUGCUUUGGGAAUCAGAUCUACCAAAAGGCUGCUUAUAAAACAGAAAGUAUCUGUGUAUAAAUGCAUCAUUAUCAUCAUCACCUUUCUCAUUGAUAAAGCUUAUUUUUGUCUUAGCUAUUUUAUAUUUUAAAAUAUUGCCUCCCUCCAAUAUAAAACACCUUAAAUAAAAGUGAUUGUGGCUAAGCCAUGUUGGAGAAUACUCUCCUUACUUCUAAGAGUUGUGCCAUCUUAUGAUAUACUUUGUAAAAAGGAUUGGAUAUUUUAAAUAAGUGAGUAACUAGAACUGUUUGGUUUGCAUGGGAAAGAGGAGAAGUGAGUAAACAGAAAUGGGGGAUAUUUUCAUGUGGAAAACAAAAGACUCCCUGCUGAAGGUUUAAUUUAAGAAUUCAAGAGAAACAUCUGCAAAGAACUACUUAUAAGUCUUGAAAA